AUGUCCAAGCGUCCGUCUGCGCUGCCAGCGGCGCCGCCCACGCCGGUUGUCUUUGUCGGCACCAGCAGCGACGGCACGCAGAGCGCGGCCGUGACGGUGGUGCUGGCCGACGCCGUGGCCAUUGCCGGCACGUUUCCGGUGACCUUUGCGAGCGACAGCGUGGUGCAUCCGCGGGCCCGGCUGGACGCCCGAGCCGGGCCCCUCAACAUUGGGCGGCGCUGCAUCAUCGAGGAGCGGGCCACCCUGGGCGGCGGACCACCGUCUGAGAGGGGAGCCUCCACGACGGUAACGCUGCAGGAUUGCGUGUCGGUCGAGACGGGUGCGCAGGUCGAGGCCGGCGCCACGAUUGGCAGCGGAACCGUCGUGGGAGCCCGCAGCAUCGUUGGCAGAGGAGCCGUCAUCGGACAGUAUUGCACUUUGGCGCCCCGCUCCGUCAUCGCCCCCGGCACUCGCCUCCCUGACUACUCCGUCGUCUUCGGCAACGGACGGCGCCGUCGCGACGAUCGUCCAGCGGCGGCCGAGUCUCGCCAGCGGCUGCAGACCCGACGCAUCGAGGUGCUGCGCAAGCUGAUCCCCAACAUGCGCGACAAGUACAGGAGUUGA